AAUUUGCCUACGGUAUCUUACAAUCCUCUCCGUAAAAAAAGGUUUCUAGUGCCCAUUUCUAUAGUUUUGUUCGGCGAUGGCGUUCCGGAGUCCUUAGACGGUACGUGGAGGUGACUAGACCGGAGGCUGGUGGACUGUUCGUUAGAUUGCUGGCCAACUCUCAUAGAGGAAAGUGCUCGAACAUGUGCGUGCCUAGUGUUCUGGAGUCUCGCCUUUUGAAAAGGCAUGACUUCACAGGACACUCCUACCGGGACACUUCCGUCGUCCCUAACGGAAGUUUCCCUAACUGAGUAUUGUGGGCCUUUGAUGACCGGUUGCCUUGGUGAUACUUGUGAAGUUACUUAUCGGGAGACUGGUUUGCUGCCACUUUGAGCUGAACGUACUGGAUUCGAUCAUCUCGUGCUAUGAAGAAGACCGGAAGUCUUACGAUACUCAUGGAUAGCCUCUUAACACGCGAUAAAGGCUUGGCUCACGGCGUUCUGCACUCAUCUGCUUCUAGGAUCAUAGGUCCGAUUGCUAGCCGCUUAUGUACUCUUUGUGUAUUGUCCAAUGUUCAGGGUCCAACAUAACCGCCCGUCCAACUUUCCUGUCCAUCGCUCCGAGGGUAUAAAAGCCAUCCAAGUUGUUCCCUUCCUUGAUCAUUGGCUCUUGUCAUUUGCUACGAUGCCCAUCUCACGCGACCUCACUCCUUACAUUUGGAACAGGGACUUGGAAAGCCCAGAGUCUCCUUCUACUGGGCAGAGGACAUUUCGGUCAAGCCGUACAAUAGCUCGUGCUAUCCGCCAACCUGGGAACCAACUGACUCCCAUUUCUGAGGGCCGGAUGAUAGCACAGUCGCCGACAAUGCCUGUGGUCCCUCCGCCGCACUAUGGUGGGACCCUUAUGCCACAAUCGUUCUAUCUACCAGCGACCUCGGUAACUCUUACGCCUCCACCUCCUUAUGCCCCAUCCUCUACUCCGAACUAUAGAUCUUCAACGGGGCAGCGGGCGUUGAUGCCUAUGGCGACUCCGCCUCCUCAAUAUCCGUAUAAUCCACCAGCGCGCAGCCCCGCGUCAGUUCCUACGCCUCGAUCCCUAUCUGGACGCCCAUUGUUGACUCCCAGCACGCAGGGUCCCAGGUAUCCUAAGAUGACCCGUGUUGUUGUCGAUGAACGGACUGCCACGGAAGGCAAUCCUCCCGGAUCUCAGCCGACCAUGCUCAAUCGCGCAUUGGAAGAAACAAGUUUCAACAAUCUCAACUUCCAAGAUGGCGAUCGCUGGGCCGUAGAUUCAGAUCCACAGAAGGUAGCUCAAUAUUGUCGUGUACCCUUCAUGCACGCACGCCGCGGUGAAAGUGUCACUGCGUCGAGAGCCAAUAGGAUUGGGCUCUGUCACAAUUUUCUUCCAUACUUGAUAGUGAUCACUGCGAAGAAUGAAAGCACAGGCGUUGUCAUUGAUGAGCUAAUCAAGGGUCUCUACGAGGCUAUCCGCGGUCAGAUCACCACCGCAGAAACUGUGGCUUUGCAGAAGCUAUUUGACGAUCCUUAUACCCGUCGCUUCUCACAUCUGGAUAUACGAGGUGCCACUAGCGGUCUUACUGGGCUUCGUCUUCUUGGGAACUUCACAUAUUUUCGUGGUAUGAAAUUCGCAAAGUAUGUCCAUGGAGUACCUGUUUUCACUAUCCUGUUGCGGGGCCCCAACGGUGAGAAGCCUGAUGCUUGUGAGUAAGCUACAUGUGCUGUGUUUAUAGCUGCAAUUUUCGAUGCAAUAGAUAUCAUUACGCCAGUAAAGAUUUCGUGUGGAUAUGAAUUUGGUUUGAAUGCUAUCGGUACGUCAUUGAAACUUUCUAGGGCUUACUGAUCAGCCAUGUGUGUUUCUCGCAUAACCACAACUUGGCUUCUACUUGAGACAUGAGGUUAUGAUCGGUUACUUAUCCUUUCCCCUCCUUUGACCAUUGACCAACACGUGGCCGCCACAAAUUCCGUAUAAGCUCUCGUUACAAGGUGCUCCUUUCUUUGUCUCCACUUUUACAACUCACUUCUGAUGUCUGAUUGUUGGCAUCACGUCGCCUCCCUGCGAGGGCCAAUUGCCAAACGGCCUUAACCGGAGGCGAACUCUGUCAUCUCUCGACCCAUGGGACCUAGCGCACCACAACCCGCAAAGUAUCCUUCCUACAAAAAUUUCGUUGGGAAGUCCGCAUGUGCAGGUCGUCUCUCUUCAUCCUCUUCUUUGCUAUCGGUUUCCAAAGGGUUCACUGUGCAUGCAUCCUUAACACCGGGUCGAGGGUUUGACGCCUAUGGAUAUCUUCUACCACGUCCUUCAAAUCGGCGGCGGCGGAAUGUCAGCGACAACCCAAGAACUAUUAAUGACUUUGGGAAACCUAGCGGUUUCGUCACUACCCCUCCUCUGAGGAAAAUAAUAAUCGGGAGCAUUUACU